UAUUAUACUAAGGUGGAUAUAUACACCGGGUUCUUAGAAGGAUGUUGUAGAGAGCUGUGUUGGAAGUACGUCGACUAUCGUGUGCAGUCAAGACAGAGUUUCACCUCAAACGCUUCUUUACCAAGGGACGCUUUUGUUCGACCAUCUCUAUACAGCGUGUGGGCCGCGUGAUCUCAAAGCGUCAUUUAGUCGAGGACAUCGGAGAAGGUAUUCUUCAAGAUGGCUGCGGUUCACAGUUCUCCACCAACACCAGCAAAGCAGCCUAGCUUAAACAUGACGACUCUUGAGGAACACAACAACGAGUCGGAGCCGGACGCGGCCUUGUUCUCGGCCAUGAGGAGAAAGCUGUCCAUGGUAUCCUCCGAGAACAACACAUCACCAUCCACCGCGGACAAACCCAAAGGCCUCGGCGGCCUCUUGCGGAGAAGGUCCACCUUCAAGAAUAUCGCUCUGUCCAUGACCAAUACCCUAGCCCUGAGGAGGCCAACCCGUGCCAAACUUGACCCGGCCGAGCUUCCCAAACCCACCGUCAAGUAUGAGAACACGUACAAACUGAAGCCGGAUGAAGGGAAAGUCUUCAACUCCUGCCAUACCCGCAAGUUAAUAACGAAUUUGCUGAACGCGCAUCUGAAGGACAUCAAAUACGACGCGGACAACAGCGCCUCGAUGGCUUGUGACGUUGCGAAUAUGGUGAAGAACCACAUGAAACAGACCCAUCUGCCUCGCUACAAAUUUGUGUGCCAGGCGGUGAUUGGUCAGUGUAAGGAUCAGGGCGUGGAGGCAGCGAGCAGGGCAGUAUGGGAUACAUCUACGGAUAACUACACCUGCGUCACCUUCUCUAACGAGUCCAUCUUCGCCUUCGUUAUUGUCCAUGCGAUUUACUUCGAAUGA